UCUCCCAGGCAGUCAGCAGCACAUCAGCUCAUUACAAGUCAUCUCCAGGGUCUGCUGUGUGGGGUUUGCACACAAUGACAGCGCCAUGGAGCUCCUUCACCUCCUCCUUCCUCUUCUUCUGGCUCUGAAGAUCCGCACGACACGUUCGGCUCCUGACUUCUCUCUGUAUCUUCACACCAUCCUGAAGAACCACACGGCUCACGCUUGUGAAGGAGAGACGCUGGUCAUCGAGUGUCCCUCCAGGACGUCUGUCAGCGUCCUGUCAGCUUUCUACGGACGACGUGUUCCUAAUCAGCAUUUGUGUCCCUCUGCAAACUCAAACACGACCGGCGAGGAGGACACAGAGUGCACUUCUGCAGUCGCUGUCGAGAAGGUGGUGUCAGAGUGUCAGGAUCGCCGGUCCUGUCACAUCCCCGUCUACAGUCCAGUGUUCGGUCAGGACCCCUGUCCCCUCACCACCAAGUACCUUCUAGUGGCCUACAAGUGCAGACCAGAGCACCACCGCACCCGGCUGGUGUGUGAAAAUGAGCGUCUGAGGCUGAUGUGUAAGAACGAGACCGUCCUCGCCAUCUACUCGGCCUCGUUCGGACACCUGCUGCACGGCAGUCCCUACUGUCCUCAGGAACCGGGAUCACAUGUGGACAUGGAGUGUUUGUCGCCCUCGGCUCUGAGGAAGGUGUCCCGCAGGUGUCAUGGCAGAGCGAACUGCUCAGUCCUGGCUGAUACUCAGACCUUCGGGGACCCCUGCUUCCCCGGCACCAGGAAACACCUGCGGGUGUCCUUCACUUGUGUGCCGCGGUAUCUUCUGGAAGAUGUGGGUCGAGGGUCAACAGACCCUUUCCUGAUCUCAGACUUCACUCACGGUCUCCCGGAGAGAGUGGCUCUGUACUUCGUCUCUGGGAUCUGUGCUGGUCUGGUUUUCCUGCUCUGCCUGUUCGGUCUGCGCUCCACCAUCGUGAGGGACGUCAAAGAGCUGGUGUCCGAGCUGAACGAGGAGCUGAAAGCGUCUCGCAGGCGGCGCAAGGAGCUCAUGGAGGAUCUCUUUGACGACGACAUCUCAGACACCUCGUCCUUCCGUCGGCUCACACAGUCUUACAGGACUAACGACAUCCUCAGUCCCUCCACUCUGACGGUGGAGAUGGUCGAUCGAGAGGUGGAGCGUCCCAACAGAGACCUGCCCAACGGAGACAUCUGGCCACACCGAGACUCCAGCCCUUACGCCAUUCACAAGAUUAAAACCUACAACAACUGAGAGACGUCACGUGUACAAGUGAAACUACAGCUGAAGAAUCCUUCUGUCAUGAAGUUUGAGAUGUGGACUGUCAUCACACAUUUAUUUUACUUUUAAAAGAACUUAACUGUGCCUCCUCUUCCAUGUGACUCUCAAUAAGAAUAAAAUACACGAAGUUUUGAUGUACUAGUCUAAUCACAAUCAUUAAUCAAGUCAGAGAUUAACUUCAGCAGAUUUGCUCUUCAAAUUUGUUUCAAAAUUGUAGUUUUUUUCUGAAAUCACACUGUUAAUUUAACUACUUAUCUGCCUACAUUUGUUGUGUUUUAGGAUGUUAAAGUGUUGAAACCAGUAUGUACUGUACACUACAAUUCAAGUUAUUCUAUAUAAUAAAUAUGAUAUGUUUCCUG